AUCGCAGAAAACGAGCGUCGAGCGACAGCAUGAAAAGGUACCUUAACUGUCAGAUACGAUAAAUUCAUAAGUGUUGCACAACGGAUGUAAGUUUUUUUAUUAUAUCCAGUGAAAACAUUGAAUUUUGAUCAGUAACAUUUUUAAAUGUCAUUCGUUGGGAUGUGAAUGAUGCUGUCGAUUCGAACGUUGGUCCAUCUCGUCGCUCUCGUCGCAGCGGCGAGAUGCAGUGACAUAACACCGGCCGUGUUCGGCAGCGUCCUGGACGGAAUGCCAGCUGCCUUCGGCGACUUCAAUUCCGACGAGCUGACGGACGUGUUUAUGUUACGUAAAAAGCCAGGAUUAAACACUCCGACAACGGUGGAGAUCUUCCUGGCAGCUGAUCAGGAGCCGUUGUUGCGACCUGCUCCGCAUCUCAAUUGUUCAUUUAAGAAUAUUGUGACCAGCGUCGUGCCAGGCGACUUUGAUGGCGACGUCUUCAUGGAUGUCAUGGUGACGACCUUCAAUCUCACGGACAAGCUUACUUACGUGCACAUAUUGUGGGGUGGAAAUGGUCAUCUGAACUGUAGCGACGAAUCUGAUCCACUUAUAAAGAUGCGCGACCAGCCCCUGGCUUUGGAUUACAAUCAAGAUAUGAUAAUCGAUCUUUUCGGAGUGGACCAGCACGACAGAAGGGUGUUCUGGGUGUUCAACGGGAAUAGAACCACUCCGCAUAAAAUCAAUAUGACGCGGACAAAUUCGACCUUGUUAGAGCCUGUGAGAAAUCCGCAUUCCAACGCCUUUCUGGAUUUAAACAGCGACUUUCUGUCGGAUCUCGUGAUAACCACGAAAAAGUCCUUCGAGAUUUGGUUCGGUAUCGAGCAAGGAUUCAAAUUUGACUCGGAGAUCGAUCUCCCGUACAAUAUCGCGAAGGAUAAACACUUCAAGGGGGAAUUCGGUCAGACUCUCUACCUGGACGUCGAAUUAACCGGCAAAAUGGCUCUCCUUCUGCCGCUGUGCUUCAACGAGGCCUGCACCAAUUGCACGAUAAUGAUGUACCAGAACGGCUGGCACAAUCUGCGAGUGAACUUCCGCGAUUCCAACACUGUGUUAUGGGGUUUUGUGAAACCGAACGGUCAACGUUACACGGAGACCAUCACUCUUCGCGGCGGUGACUUCAACAUGGACGGCUACCCGGACUUGCUGGCUACCCUGCAGUCUUCCGCUGGGAAGCAGUCGUUUCUGCUGCAGAACGUGGCGUGCAAUGAUUGCGUCGGUUUCAAUCGCACCUUCGAGGUCAAGUGGCAGGAGCUGAAUCCGUUCUACAAUGAGACCGCGAUGGCGGUGUUCUACGAUUUUUAUCAGGACGGUAUUCUGGAUGUGAUUCUGGUGGAGGUCGACAAGACGAACAGCUUGUAUCGCACCGCGGCGUUCAAGAACAGUCUGGACUACGACGCGAAUUUUGUCAAGGUGAUGGUGCUCACCGGACGCACCAACAGCAUGUAUCCAAUUUCGCCGGGCUCGCUCGGCAAGAAGAAGCGUACCUACGGAACCAAUCUGCCGGGUCCGUCGAUCGCGUACAGAACCACCACUCAGGAUGGUAGUCCUCGCAACGCGAUUGCCGCGCAGUUGCCGCAAAGCGCACAUUUCUCACUUAAUCUGCCAUACACCACCUUCGGUUUGGGAAGAACACCCAAUUUCGUGGAUGCUCUUACGAUAGGGGUUGGCGGCAAAUCACGAGAAUGGCCGCAAAUCAUUCCCAACUCCCAAAUGGUCGUAAUACCAAAUCCAAUUGCCGAGCCGUCGAGAUGGAAGGCUCAGCUAUUUGUCACACCUAGCAAGUUGAUUCUGCUGAGCGCUGCCGCAUUAACCGCUACAUGCGGCUUGAUCACGGCCAUCAUUCUUGGCUUGUAUUGGAAGGAGAGGCGAGAGGACAAAAUUGAGAAGCUACAGGAAGCGCACAGGUUCCACUUCGAUGCGAUGUAGAUAAGUGGACACAUGUAUAAAGGGAAAUCGAUAAUUAAGACUUAUUUAAGAUAUUGGUUUAUUGAUAUAAUAAUUAUUUAAUAAAUAAACCGCGCUUAUAAUAUAUCCUCAAUCUCGCGUAAAUCUUUAUAUUCAUAUUUUUCCGUGACUUUGCAGCAAACCAUGCGUCUUCGUAUGUGUCUUUCCUUUUUCGUAGAAUUUUCACUUUCAAUACGAAGAACGUUGCUGUCAGAAAAUAAAUUACCGAUUUUUUUAUCGAUUCUUCCGUCAUUUUUUUAUAAAACAAUGAGACACCAUCGGUGACUAUUUCUUCUCGCGCGGCUAUCACUUCAUCUCGAGCGCAUAUAAUAUAUAUGUAUAUAUAUUAACAAACGAUCUUUGCCAGUGUGUUUUUUUCUCCAUUUUUUGGUCGUUGCGCAUCGUAUGCGCAUGCUAAUGUUUUCGAUCGGUCUAAGCUAAGAGGGAUGAUUCGCUAUUGGCAUCGGUCAUUUUUUAUGGCAGGGUUUAAGUCGUUGAAGUAUGGAUGCGCCAUCGCUUCUUCCGCCGACAAUCGUAGAGCCGGAUUACACACCAAUAAUCUCUGUAAAUCAAUCAGACAUUUUAACAAUUAAUAUCGAUCGAAGAUUUAAUAUAAAAGAACUUGUAAAGAAUUUGUAUAACGUAAAACGUCAGAUUCAGAAAA